AUGCAGGGACCUGGUGCUGCUCCUGGUGGCACUCCCACUGAUUUGGACCAGUCGACUGGUUUGGAGCGUGCUGAGUUGUUGGGGAAGAUGCAGGGCAAGGAUAUUUUCGACCUUUCUCCUCUUGAAAUUACCGUCCGCGGUACCAAGGCAAACCCCACCAUUAUCCGCUCUCGUGACCCCGUCCGCUACGUUGGAUGCACCGGUGUUCCCGGUGAGACACACGAGGUGAGCUGGCUCGUUAUUGAUCAGACCCAUGAGUUUGACCGUUGUGACCAGUGCGGUAAUGUCUACAAG